CGGUCACGUGUGCGCCCGUUUCCCGGCGGAGCGGGAUCGGGAUCGGAAUCCGGAUCCGGGAGCGGUGGCCGCGAUGCGCGUCAAGGUGCUGAGCCGCAACCCUGACGACUACGUGCGCGAGACCAAGUUGGACCUGCAGCGCGUUCCAAGGAACUAUGACCCUGCAUUGCAUCCAUUUGAGGUUCCACGAGAAUACACAAGAGCUCUGAAUGCAACAAAGCUGGAACGUGUGUUUGCAAAACCCUUUCUCAGCUCACUUGAUGGCCACAGAGAUGGAGUUAAUUGCAUGGCCAAACAUCCAAAAAGUUUGUCCACAGUGCUGUCUGGAGCUUGUGAUGGAGAGGUUAAAAUUUGGAACUUGACCAGACGACAGUGCAUUCGUACUAUACAAGCCCACGAAGGCUUUGUUCGAGGCAUGUGUGCCCGUUUCUGUGGUACAUCAUUCUUCACUGUUGGUGAUGACAAAACUGUGAAGCAGUGGAAAAUGGAGAGCCCAGAAUAUGGAGAAGAAGAAGAACCUAUUCAUACAAUUCUUGGGAAGACAGUGUAUACGGGAAUUGAUCACCACUGGAAGGAUCCCGUUUUUGCCACCUGUGGCCACCAAGUGGACAUUUGGGAUGAACAAAGGACAAGUCCCAAGUGUUCUCUGACUUGGGGUUUUGAUAGCAUUAGCAGUGUAAAAUUUAAUCCCAUUGAGACAUACCUUUUGGGAAGCUGUGCUUCUGACAGAAAUAUUGUGCUAUAUGAUAUGAGAAAAUCAACUCCAUUAAAGAAGGUUAUCUUGAACAUGAGGACAAAUACACUGUGUUGGAACCCCAUGGAAGCUUUCAUUUUUACUGCAGCAAAUGAAGAUUACAACUUAUAUACUUUUGAUUUGCGCUUUCUCGAGUCACCUGUGAUGGUGCAUAUGGAUCAUGUAUCUGCUGUUCUUGAUGUGGAUUAUUCACCCACUGGGAAAGAAUUUGUGUCUGCCAGCUUUGAUAAGUCUAUCCGCAUUUUUCCUGUAGACAAAGGUCACAGCAGGGAGGUAUAUCAUACCAAACGAAUGCAGCACGUCAUCACUGUAAAAUGGACUUCAGAUAACAAAUAUAUUCUGUGUGGCUCCGAUGAGAUGAAUAUUCGCCUGUGGAAAGCCAAUGCUUCUGAAAAACUGGGAGUGCUUGCACCGCGAGAGAAGGCAGCUAUGAAUUACAAUCAGAAGCUGAAGGAGAAGUUCCAGUUUCACCCACAGAUCCGGCGCAUUGCUCAGCACCGUCACUUGCCCAAGAGCAUCUAUUGCCAGAUCAAGGAGCAGCGCAUCAUGAGAGAGGCUCGUCGGCGAAAGGAACUGAAUCGUCGCAAGCACAGCAAACCGGGAUCUGUGCCAUUUGUGUCAGAGAGGAAGAAACAUAUUGUGGCGGUAGUAAAAUAAUCAUUUUCACAUGCACAAAAUGUCACAAUGAAAGAGAAAUGUCACUAUUGAAAGAAUAGACUCUACAAAAUUUGAUGGACAUUGGCUCCAGGAACGUGGUUCUUCUUCGACUGGACACAUCCUCUGACUUCUGAAGUCAUCAUCUGCUUUGGGUACUUCUGAGAAUUAACACUGUAACCUUUUAUUGCCAUGUGUCUGUCCGACCUUACUGCCCCAACACUGUGUAUUGCAGUGGUGUUUGACCCUUUUGAUACAAGCAGAUAACUUGGUGGAGAAUGUCUGUAGUUCCAGUCUUAUUCCUUGGUACUGUUACUACAAAAAAAGGAUGAAAUAGAUUCUUAUUUAUCAGAGAAAAAAAACCCUUGUUACGUACAGAGUUAUAAAAUUGGUUGUCCUUGUGCUGUCUGGUUUUUAAUUUUUAUUCAAACAAAUUUAAUAAAGAAAACAAGUGACCUUAAGGCAAUGGACUAGAUCUUGAUUACUCCAACUUACAGAUAUCCUGCAUUAUACUUACAUGCAAUACAUUAUUUUUCUUUUAUCCAAAAGGAAUUUCUCAGUAUUUUCCAACAUCUGUAAAGGUAAUUUUGUUCCAUCUUCUUAACUAUUGUUAUAUAACUUGACAAAACUUCAGAUUGUUAAAUUCCUAAAAUUGACAAUGACAUAGUUGAAUAACUUUUUAAUUUAUUUAAAACUUCUAAAAUCUGGAUGAAACAUAACAUAAAUUGUAUAAACCACAGAAACUUCUUUAGAUGAGAUUUAUCGUAAGCCUUCUAUUUUAAGUUUACAGAAGAAAAAUGAAAGUUUUAUGCUUCACAAGAUAGGUACCUGUAGGCCAAACUUCCUCUGCUGUUUGUCUGGGAAAUGUUCUGCUUCUCUUCCUGUGGGAGAAACUUAACCUUUUACUGAAGAUACUAAGGUGAUCAGAAAAUGAUGCUAGAAUUCAACUAGGCAGUCUAGGAUGAAAGCUUCUCUUGCAGACAGAUGAGAUGUGUAGUAAUAAUUUUGCUUAACAUCUUUUGUACAAAAGGAUCUUCUUUAAUCUUUGCACAACGGUGCAGUCUGUAACAACACUCUCCCCCCCCGAGUUCAUGCACAAAAAAGAAAGUAAAAUUAU